UUCUGCUUAGCAUUUAGGGGAAUGUAGAAAUCCCUCCCUAUUUCACUGUACACAAGUGCUUUGCAAAAUAAGCAUAUUUAAGAUCCUUUCAGACAUCAGUUUGACUGUUGAGAUUUUCCUAAACAUGCAAAAGAGCUCCAUUGAUGAGAGAAAGGUAAGACAUUGUUGUGUGAAAAGAUCAAAUAGGAAAUCAAAUUUAAAACCCAACAGUGCUAGGACAAUCUUUAUACCUCACAAAGCAGCAAAGCGGUGGAGGAGGAGCUUUGUUUGCUUUGAAGUUCACAGAAAAAUUAAUAGGGAUUUAUAUGAGUUAAUAUUUCAUUAUAAUUUAUACUUCAUUCAAAUUACAGUAUGUUUUAGUCUGGAAACCUUUUGAAGACACAGCAUUGAAAAAUCUGAAAUUCAUGUGAGUGAAAUAAUGCAUCUGAAUGGCUUUAGGCUGGGCAAAAUUAGACACAUGUGAGCAAGAUUAAUGGAAUCCUCCCAUCAGGAUAAUGUUUUGCAUGCCUCUGAGCAUCUGUCCUACAAAGCCACAGCUGUGAAAGCUGCUCCUGUUGUAAAUUAGUACCUGCUCUUGAAUAUACUGCUCAUCCUGGGAGAGUAUUGUUUCACCACGGGCAGGGAAAGGAAGAGCACAGAGUGAAGCUGAGUCAGUAGGGCAUCCAUGCCACCAAUGGCAUGGUAGUGAUCUUGUAAGCAAGACUUACUUACCUCAGUGGAAGGAAUGAAUUGGCUAGAAACUUUUUUCAAGGGCAUUGUCAAAUCACAGAAGUGCUUUUAAUCUGUGGAGUCAGUGUUGCUUAUAUUUCCUGCCUGUCUGUAUUGCUUCUUUAUAUACAGAUUUACUUUGAGUGCACAUUUGUGCAGGGGAAAAGCUUCCAGUCAACAUAAGCAAAAGCAGAAAAACAGUCCUGUAACUUCUUAAAACAGAAAGCAUUGUCUGCUGCAAUGUGCUAAGAGGAAAAGGGACCUCCUCACCUGUCACACUAUCCAUAAUUCAAGUAAUGAUGUGACAUGACAUUAGUACUUCACUGCUUUCCACUAUCAGCAUAAAAACUUGUAUUUUGAAUGUUAGUUUGGCAAGUUAGAUUGGGGAACCAAAAUGAAGGAAAAAUACUGCCUCCCCAGUGGCACUUCAUUCAGAAAAUACACAUUUGUCAAGAGGGUCUGCAAACCUGGGAGAAGGUGCAAGUGAACGGAACUGUCCCUGCUACAGCUCUGGCAGACUUAAAUCUGCUUAAAGCAAUCAUAAAAUCAGUGUCACCUGAAGGGACCCAUGUAAAGUUCCAGUGAAAACAUCUCUUCAUUUUAUUUUCCACUACAAGAACUGAGGGCAUCAGAUGAAGUCACUAGAAAUCAGGUCUGAAACAAGAGGAGGGCUUUACGUGAGCUGUGUAACACUUGCCACAGGAUGCUGCAGAGUGUAAAAGCCUAUAGACAUUCAAGUGGAAAAAUUUGAGGGACAGAAAUCCAUUCAGGGUUACCAAAUACUUAGAAACUCCAUCCAGAUCAGCAAGCUCAUAAACUGCAACUGGAAGCUGGGAGAGUGUUAUUAUUAUAUACACAAUUAUGAUUCGUGCUUGUGUUCUUACAUUCUGUAGGCAUUCACUUUCAGUCACAGUCAAGCACAAAACAGUGGGCUUGGUGAACCUUGGGUAAGGCCCAGGACCAGUGUUCUCAUGGUGUUUAUUUUGAACUCACCCUCAAGCUGUGCUGUCCCCUCUUUCGUGGUAGUUUAUUAUUAGAACUGGGUCACAUGAGGCAUUUGGGACUGCGUCUCAGUUGCACUGACUGACAUUUCUUUCACAGGGAAAGCUCUAUGCCGGCAGGAACAGCACCAUAGCUUAUGUGAGGAUGAGAGUAGCAUUUUUUUGCAUAAGAUUCACUUAAAGCAGAAGGUUCAUUUUUCUGGCUGUUCCCAGUUGCAUCAGGGAUGUAGUGCUGAGCUAAUCCAGGGAGGCGUCAAGGCGCGAGCUGUAUUUAGAGGCAGCCACCUGCCUGGGAACAUCAAGCGGCAGAAAGAGCCUGCUUCAGCAAAACCCUGCCUGUGCAUUCCACAGCAGCAGCUGCCAGCAGGCCCUCCCUCCUCGGCCUGACUCUGCGAGAGGCCUCCAAAAGGGUCAGCACCUGAAGACAGACCCUGUCAGCCCAGGAGUGCUCUGAGCCUGGCACUCCCUCUGCCCAGGAACUGCCAGAUAUUUUGGACAGCUGCAAAGUGGAAUUAAAUCACGUGGGUGAAGAGUGGCCUAAUCUCUACAUAGGCAAUAUACAGUUUCUUUACCAAACUGAGGAAAACGAAAAGCUGUCCCUAAUACAGCCUGAGUGCAUGUAAAGGAGCAGCAAGAUGCUUCACACCAGAGACUCUUCAUCUGUGACUAGCAGCACUUCCUACGAAACACCACCACUAUCAGAUCUUCAGCAGCUCCUGUGGCUCAGAGGAGGCUCUGAUAAUCAUGUGGACCAAGUCUGGCCAAAUAUCUACCUGGGAGAUGCGUGGGCUGCUAGGAGCAAAACUACACUUCAAAGCCUCAACAUUACUCAUAUCCUUAAUGCAGCAGAUGGACCAUAUAGCAUCAACACAGGAGCCAAAUAUUAUGCAGAUCUGAAAAUAGAGUACUAUGGAGUAGAAGCAUUUGAUGAUCCUUCCUUCAAUUUAAGUGUCUUCUUCUAUGAUGCUGCCAAUUUCAUACGCAAGGCCUUAAACUCUUCAGGAGGUAAGGUGUUCGUUCAUUGUGCCAUGGGAGUGAGCCGCUCAGCAACUUUAGUGCUUGCCUUUCUAAUGAUCCAUGAAAACAUGACACUUGUGGAUGCUCUGAAGACAGUGAGUGCUCACAGAAACAUCUGCCCAAAUUCGGGGUUCCUCAGCCAGCUCCGGGACUUGGACAUUAAACUGAAUGAAGAGAGGAAAAGAAGCAGACCAUCUGCCACCAUAGGCCUGUAAGAGGGUAUUGCUGAAGAAAGAGGACAAAAUCCUCUUGGAGUUGCCUGCAUCUCUUCCAGAUGAACUGCAUUUAUAAAUUUAGGACACAAGUUUAUGGGACACCAGGACGCAUGCUAUUAAUAAAAGUAGAUUUUGCUUGAUCUUUCCAUUUUGCAAAGCCUUCCUAGAUUUAUAUUUAUGUUUGGUUGUAUACUCUAUCCUUCACUCUCCACCUUAAAACAUUGCUGUCUGCUAGCUAGCCAGAGAAAAAAAAAAAAGAAAAAGAAAGAAAAAAAGAGAAAGAGAUCAGGUUCCACUUCAGAAAUAGCUGUGUUUCAGCAAGUAGUGGAGCUCAUAUCACUUUAUGAAGUGUUAGGCUAUUUGAGGUGAAAGAUGCCAUAUUAUUUAUGCUACAGUAAUGCUUAGAAGUUUUCUUAUGAACCUAUCCCCCACCCCUUUGCUCCCUGUAUCUCAGAGGGUUUAUAUUUUGAGACUUGAAUCUGGCACUGGUUAGUUCUUGCUUUUACAAUUGGCGGAGCUCCUGAGUUGGGGUAAGAGGCUGUUUAAAGGCAGAGCAACUGGGAAACAAUGUAAGCCAAUCUAAGAAAUUAUUCCAGGUAUCUCUAUAGGCUUUUCCUUUUGGCUGUUCAUCAGAGCUUUUUUCCUCCACGUAAAUACAUUUCCUUGAGAGGGCAUUCAAAUAUUGUUCAUCUUAUGAACUAAAAAUCAUCCAGGAAAUGCUUCAGAAAAUGCUUCUAAAGAAGAAGGUGGGUUACCAGCUAAGGCUGGUGCAGGAAAAUAUUUGACAAAGUUCAAUGUAUCCCACAUUUGUCUGGCAGUUAAAAAUUACAAAACUUGGGAUUUUCUUUCUCAAAAAUAAAAGGUUAUUAACAUUGCAACAUCA